AUGUCGUUCUCUAACCGGCAUUCGAUAUAUUCUACGACCUCAGCAUCACCGUACGGUGGUAAUGCUGCACAAACUUCUGGAACCGUCACCACUUCUUCAUUACUUUCUACCCUUCACAAUGCCUACCAAUCCAGCAUUCCUCAUGCUCUUGAUGCGAGUACCACUUUAGUUGUCAAUUCGAGCAAUAGUGGUGGAGUAGGGGGCUACGGCACUAGUGUAAUUGACGAAACACUUGGGACGAGAGCUUGGGAACACGCCAGACGACGGGCAGAGGACCAGACAAUUCUCCUGGGGUCUCUCCAUUCAAACUCCCCCUCGUUGAUUCUACCAAUUCUUGGAACUCUCCCCUCACCUCCCGACAUCCUGAAUACAUCUCUUGCAUUAAUAUCUGCGUUCACCUCAUGCCUUACACCUUCCUCUCCAUUCCCCGUUCCUUAUCACAACGGACUUGCUAUCACUCUACAAAUCUCUCUCUCUGGAACCAUUACCGGUGCCCAUAUCUCUAUCUCGGCUGCUGGCCUCGAUACCCAAAAUGGUCUCCUUCGAAUCCCAGCUCAGGCGGGGUAUCGGGCGUUCGAUGUUUUCUAUUACCUGCUCUCGGCAGCAUCGGCCCCGGCCGAGAGGCAAGGCCUAGGUCUGCAGCCCGCUGAUAAGUACUCUUUGUUGGCCAGGAGCGGCACAUAUUCUCUUCCUAGUUACCUUCCAACUGCAGAUGAUUCUGCAGCGGCAGAGGAUUGGAGAGCCAAUCUUAGGGCGGUCGGGAUCAAGGGAAGCCUUCUUCGGGGGCUACUUUCAGCUCUUGCUGGAAUCUUAAAGCUUGGUAAUGCGAUUGGCUUAUUGGUCGAUGAUGAGAUUAUUGAGGAGGUAUGCGAAGAUGUUUCGGGCCUCCUUGGUGUUGAGCCAGAGAUACUGGCCAAAAAGGUUGGUGAUGGUGAGAGAGAAGUAUUCAUUGCGGCCGUAUACGAGGCCAUUGUCGAAUGGAUCGUAGCAAAGGCAAAUGACGCCAUAGCGGCAGACUUUGCAGCUAGGAAGGAUGCCGAGUCGAGCUCUGAAGAUAGUCAGGAAGGUGAUACCGUACAAAUAACCGUCCUCGAGCUACCGAACGAAAAAAUGGCCAAGGCUCUGUGCCUCAAAGGUGUCUUUGAUGACGAGAGCGGUCUCAACGUAGAAAUGAAGCUGGACGGCGUCGAAAUACCGAGUGCUAGUGGGACUGUCCAGCGAGAAAUGAGGAGCUCGUGGGCCGAGGCCGAGAAGGAGGGAUUAGUGGGUAAUGGCCGGGAGAGAGAGUAUGAGAGAGACCGGCGGGAGAGUGUCGUUGAGAAGACUGGUCGAGAUGCCGAGGAAGGUGGAUUUUUGAAAGAAUUGCUAUUCCCUACCGAAUUUGGUCGAUCCCCGGAGACUGUGAAAUUUGAAGCCACCCAACUGCUCGCUGCUAGCAGAGUUUGGUGGCAUUUAUCACUUUUCCCGUCAGAUGAUAUCCCAUCCGGUCUUCAGCCAGUUCCUUGGUCCGCUUCUGCAGUUAGUAGGCAGCUGAGAAGUUGGAGACUACCGGAAUGGGCCAACCGUCGAACUAAACAUCUUGACUUCACAGCCGAUUUUGAUUUCGACGAAUUUGCUGUUCGAUACUCUCCCCUUGGUUGUACUAGCGGUAGGGACGGGGUUGAGAGCUGGGUCAUUGAGAGAGGAUGGAGCAACGGGGAGGUAGUGGUUGGACGGGAGAGGGUAUGGAUGAGAGAGGGCAGUUGGUGGGAGGCAGAGAACAUGCUUGACUUGAAGCAGCCGGGGGUCCCGCCGAAUAUGAUGGGAAUGGGCGCUGGACCUGUGGAUACCGGCUAUACUCAGAAUACCAACGGAAGUGGUUACUUUGGGCCAAUGGGAGGAAUGGGAAUGAGUCCGCCUGGCUCGACUUCCCAGCUUUUGCAAAACCAAGGCAGCAUGGGGGGCAGAGGGCUUCCCGGAAGCUCUCCCCUCGCCCACAAUCGGGACGGUUCUGAGCAGGGAGCGCUUUUGUCCAAAUACGAGCAAGAACACUAUGCUGGGAAACUUGACCCCGAAAUGGCCACCCCUAAGAACGUUGAAAGCGUCCCCACGUCGAAAACCCGAAAAAUAUGGGUCGCCGUAGUGUGGGCGAUGACUUGGUGGAUUCCUGGCUUUGUCCUCCGAUUAGUUGGUAGGAUGAAGAGACCGGACGUCCGGAUGGCCUGGAGAGAAAAAUUUGUUCUUUUCUUCUUUAUCUUUAUCCUCAACGCUGCAAUCGUCUUCUGGAUUGCCUUUUUCGCCAAACUUCUUUGUCCGGACUACGAUAGAGCCUGGAAUCGAAAGGAGGUCGGGUAUCAUCAAGGUGAGGGCGAUUUCUGGGUCAGUAUUCACGGCUACGUUUACGAUAUCACCUCUUUCUGGACUCUUCAACACAGUGAUUCCAAUAUCAAAACUACUAGAGACAAUAUGAUUGAUUUCGCCGGCUUGGAUCUCUCCCCGUACUUCCCACCUCCAAUUAACCUUGGAUGCCCGGACUUGGUGCAGUCCAAUUUGAUCAACAUGCAAUAUAACGAUACCUCUGCUCAACGCUUAGUUGUUGGUGUUCAUGCUUCGGGUCCGAGGAAUGCCCAGGAUCCCACCUCCAAGCUCCAUUCUGCCGAUUGGUACUCCCAAACCUUCCUCCCAAGGAUUAAAGAGUACCGCAAAGGCGACCUUGUCUGGGAUCGUAAGAAAAUCAAGAGGGAUGGUGUGGCAUUUAACAAGCCUUGGGGGAUUAUUGACGGAAAGAUCUACGACCUCACGGAUUACCUCUACACUGCUGAUCAAAACCCUAACUCUGGCGCUGCCAAUGUUCCCAAUUACAACUAUCUUGGAUCGACCCUCGAAGACAUCUUCAAGAACAACCCCGGCUCUGAUGUCACCAAGCAGUUCCGCGAACAAUUGAAUGCCACUGCUCAGACCCAGACCCUCAGAUGCCUCAAUAAUCUCUUUUACGUUGGUAAAACCGAUUUCAGGAAAACUGCCAAAUGUCAGGUAAAUAGCUACAUUCUUCCUGCAUUUGCUGGUAUCAUUUCCGCCGUUAUCCUUGCCAAGUUCUUGGCUGCUCUUCAGCUUGGAUCUAAGCGCCGUCCCGCUAUGCAAGAUAAGUUCGUUAUCUGCCAGAUUCCUGCCUAUACAGAGGGUGAAGACCAACUCCGUAAGGCCCUCGACUCGUUGACCGCACUGAACUAUGACAACAAGAGAAAGCUGCUUUGUGUUGUUUGCGAUGGUAUGAUUGUCGGAGGAGGCAAUGACAGGCCUACACCCAGCAUUAUCCUUGACAUCCUUGGUGUUGACCCCAAGAUUGAUCCUCCUGCUCUUCCAUUCAAGAGCGUUGGCGAAGGAAGUGCUCAACUCAACUACGGAAAGGUCUACUCUGGUCUCUAUGAAUACGAGGGGUGUGUCGUCCCUUAUGUGGUUGUCGUCAAGGUCGGAAAGCCAUCUGAGCACGGGAAGUCGAAGCCUGGUAAUCGUGGUAAACGUGAUUCUCAAGUCCUGCUUCUGGAUUUCCUUAACCGUGUCCACCACCGUACUCCUAUGUCCCCUCUUCAACUUGAAAUGUUCCACCAGAUCAACAAUAUCAUUGGUGUAGAUCCUGAGCUCUACGAAUACCUUCUCAUGGUUGACGCCGAUACUAGUGUCAGGGAGGAUUCCCUAAACAGGCUCGUGGCUGCAUGCGCAAAUGAUGCCAAGAUCGCGGGCAUUUGUGGGGAGACUAGUUUGGAAAACGAGGAACGCAGUUGGUGGACCAUGAUUCAAGUUUACGAAUACUAUAUCUCUCAUCAUCUCGCCAAAGCUUUUGAGAGUUUGUUCGCUUCCGUCACUUGUUUGCCUGGUUGCUUUUGCAUGUAUCGUUUGCGCACUCCUGACAAGGGUCGUCCGCUUAUCAUUUCCAGCAAGGUCAUUGAUGAGUACUCGGAUGGCAAUGUCGACACUCUGCACAAGAAGAAUUUGCUAUCUCUUGGAGAAGAUCGGUACCUAACCACCCUUAUGACCAAGCACUUCCCCUACAUGAGCUACAAGUUUAUCCCCGACGCUUUCGCACACACCGCUGCUCCUGAAACCUGGAGCGUUUUGCUCUCCCAGAGACGUCGCUGGAUCAACUCGACCAUUCAUAAUCUGUUCGAAUUGUUCUUUCUUAAGGAAAUGUGCGGAUUCUGUUUCUUCUCUAUGAGAUUCGUUGUGUUCCUGGACUUGAUGGGAACUAUUAUCCUUCCGGCCACAUGUGUCUACUUCGGUUACCUUAUCUAUGUCAUUGCAAGCAAGACUGGCCCCAUGCCAAUUCUCUCGUUGGUCAUGAUUGCAGUCGUAUAUGGUCUCCAGGCGAUUAUCUUCAUCAUUAAGCGACAAUGGCAGCACGUCGGUUGGAUGGUCAUUUACAUCCUGGCAUUCCCGAUUUACUCCUUUAUUCUCCCUGUCUACUCUUUCUGGGCUCAGGAUGAUUUCUCGUGGGGUAACACCCGUAUCGUCAUUGGCGAAAGCGGAGAUAAGAAGAUUGUGGCGACCGAAGACGAAGGCUUCGACCCCAGGAGCAUUCCUCUUCAGACCUGGGAUGAUUAUGCAGCUCAAAACUCUCUUCCUGGGCGUCGUGGCGGUGCACCCGAGAAGUUUUCUAGUGGAUAUGAGGACGGCGUUGAGCUUGAUGACAUUCAAUCGACAUACUCCUCUGUCAAGCCCGCCUCCACCAUUCUUACUGGUCUUCCUCAGAUGGGCGGUGUCCACCCCUACAUGCCUCCUCAAUCGCCAGCCUUCCAGAACAACAGGCAGUCUACUUACUCAGCUUAUACCGCCUUCACCGGCCAUCCGGGUGAUCAUAAUCAGCACCAACGCCUCAUGUCUAUGGGCGGUAUGAGCAACCGGGAUUACUGGCAGGAUGGACAUGGCAACCGUGGCGCCAUGAGCACUGGAUUACCGAGCACUGACAACUUGAUGGCUAUGAAUACCCCACCGACUAGGGCUCCUAGCCGUAGCCCUCUCGACUUCCCGGCUAGUAGGCCGGUAAGCCAAAUAGAUUUUAUGAGAGCCGGGGGAGGGGUAGAUGACGAGUUGAUUGUCGAGGCAAUUAGAGCGGUCCUUAGAGAGGUGGACUUGGAGACUGUGACAAAGAAGCAAGUGAGAGCAUUGGUGGAACAGAGACUACAGACCGAAUGCCAGGGAGAGAGACGAACAUUCCUCGACCGACAAAUCGACACUGAGCUCGCAAAUAUGCCGAUGUAGAUGAUGGUUGACAAGCUCUCGAUCACGUCUUGGGGAAAAAGGUUGCUUUUUUCUUCUUCUUUUGCUACCCGUUCUUGUAUUUCUUUUCUCAUGUAUAAUCGAUCACAUUGGAAGUUUUUUGCCGCUAUCACUAUUAAUGGCUCGUUAGGGGGGAAGCUCUAAGAUGUGGGGAGGUGGGGUGUAGGCGGGUGGAAGUAUGAAACAGAAGCAGUACCGGUAAUGAAAGCUGAGAGAUGGCGGGGUGAUUUGGGGUUGUCUUUUUUUUUUUUUCUCUUGUGGGAAGUACUCGUAGCUGUUUUUGCAUAAAGGGGAAAAGCGAGGGCGGAACAAGGGUAUAGUAUUGGAAAGCCGAAGUUAUGGAGUUGUCUUUUAUUUUAUUUUAUUUUUUAUACCACACAUAUGUAUAGUCUAGGCAUUUUUAUAUCAUUUCGCACCAUAA